GCAUAUGAACGUUUCUACUUCCGGUUCACUUGACGCAACAAUUGUUUACACAUCCGGGAUGUGCAGUUCUUUUGUUUACUCUUCUCUUAACCAAACGAUCUCCUUAAAAACAUUAUCAUCAGAGGCGACAAAUUACUACUGACUGAAGGCCAAGGCAAUCCCAAUCAUCAAGUCAAAGAGUACAGACGUGAAUAAGAGAAGAAAUCCAGGUCACGACGAACAACUGAAAAACAAAAGAAAAUGAGGUAUCCCGCAGACGUAUCUGUAGAAGAUCUUCACCCUGAAAACAACGAUGCCAUACAUAUUAAACAGGAGGAGGAAUCGGAGAUUCUGUACAUCAAACAGGAGGCGGAGUCAGAAAGUCCCUACAUUAAAGAGGAAGAACAGGAAGAUGAUAUCUCCAAGUUUCCAAAGAUGGUCAGUUUGAAGAAGGAAGAAGACGAAGGUCCGAGUGAAGCAGCGAAACCUUCGAGAGGCGGCUCAUUUCCACACCUGACAACAAAAGGAGAGGAAGGAUCGCAUCCGGAUGGCCUCUUAGCUCCGCUUUCGGACAGCGACGACGUAACGUCACACUCUUCUGAAUUUAACACUGAUGAGGAGGAUGUUGACUUUGAUGAGAAUGCUUGGAAAUCUUUAAACAAGUCAUCAUUGAGAAGAGAGACAAAAGAAUGUGCGGGUGGGAAACCGUUUGGCUGCACACUUUGCGGCAAAGGAUUUUCUCAAAAGAAUCAGUUAAAAAUACAUACAAGAAUACACACUGGAGAAAAGGCUUUUGUCUGCACAUGUUGUGGUAGAAGAUUCACCCACAAGGGAGAUUUUAAAAAACACACACGUACACACACUGGAGAAAAGCCUUUUCUCUGCACAUGUUGUGGUAAAAGAUUCACCGAGAAGGGAAACUUAAAUAGACACACAAAAACACACAUCGUAGAAAGGCCUUUUCCCUGCUCAGUUUGCGAGAAAAGAUUUUGUUCCGAGGCUGAUUUAGACAAGCAUCAGCGUACACACACUGCAGAAAAGCCUUUUGUCUGCACAUAUUGUGGUAAAAGAUUCACCGAGAAGGGAGUUUUAAUCAAACACACUCGCACACACACUGGAGAAAAGCCUUUCGUCUGCACACGUUGUGGUAAAAGAUUCGCCGAGAAGAGAACUUUAAACAUACACACACGCGCACACACAGGAGAAAAGCCUUUUAUCUGCAAUUGCUGUGGUAAAAGAUUCACCGAGAAGGGAGUUUUAAAAAAACACGCACUUUUACACACUGGAGAAAAGCCUUUUGUCUGCACAUUUUGUGAUAAAAGAUUCACUGAGAAGGGAAAUUUAAAAAAACACAUGCGCAUACACACCCCAGAAAAGCCUUUUCCCUGCUCAGUUUGCGAGAGAAGAUUUUUUUCCAAGGCUGAUUUAGACAACCAUCAGCGUUCACACACUGGAGAAAAGCCUUUUGUCUGCACAUGUUGUGGUAAAAGAUUCACCAAGAAGAAAACUUUAAACAUACACACACGCACACACUCUGGCGAUAAGCCUUUUGUCUGCACAUGUUGUGGUAAAAGAUUCACCGAGAAGGGAAAUUUAAUCAAACACACUCGCACACACACUGGGGAAAAGCCUUUUGUCUGCACAUAUUGUGGUAAAAGAUUCACCGAGAAGAGAAAUUUAAACAUACACACACGCACACACACUGGAGAAAAUCCUUUUCCCUGCUCAGUUUGCGAGAAAAGGUUUUCUUUGAAAGCUGAUUUAGAAAAGCAUCAGGAUACACACAUUGGAGAAAAGCCUUUUGUCUGUACAUGUUGCAAUAAAAGGUUUACCGACAAGGGAAAUUUAAGGAGACACGCAAAAACACACACUGGGGAAAAGCCUUUUCCCUGCUCAAUUUGCGAGAAAAGAUUUUCUUUGAAGGCUGAUUUAGCAAAGCAUCAGCGUACACAUACUGGAGAAAAGCCUUUUCCCUGCUCAGUUUGUCAUAAAAGAUUCAGUCAGAAGGGAACUUUAAUCAGACACGCAGCAACACACACUGGAGAGAAACCGCCUGCUGAAUUAGUGGUAAAAGAUUCACAUUAAUUAAUAAUCAUAAAAACAGUAAAAGAAGAUUUUCAGUUUCCUUAUUCAGUUUCCCUUUAGUCUCGUUUGAAAAAGUUGCUGAAACGAUUUUGGAGGGCCUGUUCUUUUUCACAACUAUUCAAUACAGGUAGUCUCCGGAUUACCACGUACCCGAUUUACAUGAUUUCCACUUUUUUUUUUUUUUCUUUUUUAAAAUUUUGAUUUUUGUUUGAUGCAUGCUUUUAUCUUCGAGCAGUAAGCAUAGAGCAGGUAGUACUAAUGUCACGCGAGUAAGGGCGCAUGUACACACAAGAACGUAUUUGCGCACACAAAGAAGAGUGCAUGGACACACGCACACACGAGAAAGAAUGCAUUUGGUAGCUGAGCGAAAGAGAUGCUUGUGAAGCAUUCACAGAGGCUGUAUGUAACACUUUUGUAUGGUUUAUUGUGCAUUUCCAAUGGCGUACCACAAGCAACACGUCACUUCCGCUCAUUAAUAUUCAUGACAUUAGCUACUGUUGCUAAGGGGGGUUCACGCUACCGUUUGUCCCUAAUAGGAAAUGAAUAGAAAUCGUGUACGAAGGAGAUGUUUACAGAGCUAAACCUACCAGUUCUCUCCGAAAAUGAUGUCCCUGGUGCCAAAUUCACUGGCAAAGAUGUGGAAGAACAUAAAAAUGUUCAGUUAAAGAGAUGGCUUGAGUGUGGAAGGAUGAAAAAGACGAAAAAAAAACGAGCCGACCUAAGCAUAGCCUUAGCUUUUUUAUCGACGCGACUGACCAUUACAUUUUCCUGUUCCAACAAGCUAUCCUUUACCACCAGCCCUGUCUUUCUUAUAUAUUAUAUCCUCUGGUUGUCCUAUGUCUCUGACUGUUUUAGGGGUAAUUUAGUUAGUUUUGUGUAGCGAUCGCAAAUGCUACUCAGUGACAGCCAACAAACACUUUUAAUUUUUUCAUUGAUACCAAAUCUUGAUUGUAUAAUUUAUUUACACUUCCCCCUUACUAAAGUUGUUUUUUUUACAACAGAAAAAGUAACUGGCAGUCAAAUACCAUUUUAAUUAUUUUCAGGUCAUUCAUUGUCAGAAGCAGCACGCCACAAUGUCACACUAAAAAAUAAGUUAAAAAUAUCAAAAUAGCUUACCUCUUUGUCCUCUGAAGGAGCAUGGCAACCCAACAAAAUGUUUAGUGCAUAUGAAAUGUGAAUGGCUUUACCCUGGCUUCACCUAGCUGGCGUUAAAACCUCCGCGCAAGUUGAUUCAUUCGUCACAUUUUUUCCUCCGAGUUUUUGGUUUCGGCAAACGUAUGAAGAAAACAUCCUUAAUGUCUAGAGUCGUUUCAACAAGUUCCAAAAGAGCAAUGCGUGAUCAGCAUGUUCGUUUUUGAAAGAUUACCGGAGAAAAGUAGCAGAAAUGCAUUGCUUCUAUGUGAGGGCGGGUUUAUAAUGUCCCACUUCUACUUUACUUCCGCCUUACAAUGCGACGUCACGGUCUAAAAAUAGCAUGCGUGCGGUACGCCAUUGUGGUCGAAUACUUGAGGCGAGUUGAUGUAAUUAUUUUUUGAUGAUGUGCGAAUGCCAACCGAUACAUGCUAAUCGCAUGGCUUGUUAUUGAUGUAUCAGCAGCUAGUUCUAAACGCUCAUUUGAAUUGCUGUUUUUGAAGAUGACUGAUUUUAUUUCAUUUUUAUUUUAGUUUCAUUCUUCAAGUGUUGAUGUCAUGAGAAAAUAUCUUUUGAGAAAUAAAGAAAUCACACCCAAAUUACUUCACAAGUGUUACCCUGUAAAGACAACAAUGGUAAAUUUCAAAAUUAAUAUUGAUACGUUAUUUUCUUUUUGUGCAAAUGCAGAGGAAACUGUCUCCCAUUUGUUUUGGGAAUGUACAUACUCUCACAUACUUUGGGUUGA